UCGAAGGCUGAAUUGAGGUUUCAGAAAUAUUAAGGCUAAUUUAUUAUUUUUAUUACUUGUGUUAAAACAGCCGGUGCACAUUGCACAGCUGUCAAUUGUAUGAAAUAAAAAUAUUUAGCCAUUAAUGUUAUCUCUAUUCAAUACUAGAGAUGCUUAAAUACUAAAGUAAAAAUAAAUAAACCUUUACUUUGUGGAGUUGCUAAUCGUCGAACUCUUCUGUUACUCAUUUAUAUAACCCAUUAAGACUGAAGACGGCGCGAAAAUGAGAAUUCUUCUUUUAAAAACCGUGUCUAAUAGUUUUGGAAGGAGGUUUUUAUCUACUAAAAAUGUAAGACAAGUUACCCAUUGUAUAUUUGAUAUGGAUGGUCUAUUAUUAGAUACUGAACAAGUGUAUAAAAAGAUGAUAACCCAACUAUGUGCUAAUUAUGGCCAUCAAUAUACCGACGAGUUAAUGAUGAAAGUUCUUGGUGGAACAGAACAAAGGCUCUCAGAAAUUCUCUGCAAAGAAUUGAAGCUCCCAAUUUCUCCUAAAGAAUUCAGAGAUCAAUUAUUAGUUUUAGGCGAUACUAUGUUGGCCAAUGCUCCAUUAUUGGAUGGGGCUGAAAGAUUAAUUCGUCAUUUACACUCAUCAAAAGUGCCAUUUGCCUUAGCCACAUCAUCUAGUGCCCGAUCAGUUGACACUAAGAUUGCCAGUUAUAAAGAAUUGUUUAGUUAUUUCAAUCACAUGGUGAUGGGCAGUACAGAUAGAGAAGUGAAGUUUGGGAAGCCACAUCCUGAUAUAUUCUUAGUAGCAGCUUCAAGAUUUCCAGAUAAGCCUGAUCCUAGUAAAUGCUUAGUAUUUGAAGACUCUCCUCAUGGUGUAACAGCUGGUAUAUCGGCCGGGAUGCAAGUAGUGAUGGUUCCUGACCCACACUUAAACAAAAUGUUAACAACACAUGCAACAAUAGUAUUACCAACACUUGCAAAAUUCCAACCUGAAAUAUUUGGGUUGCCCCCUUUUAAGUGAAUUUAAUUUAAGUAGUAUUGCAUGAAAUAGUUUUACAUUUGUGACAUUGUCUUCCAUUUCUUUACUAUAAUCUUGAUUAAUCUAUAUGAAAAUACUUAAGUUGUCCUAUACUCGUUGCUUGUCUGUGCCUAAAUUUAAGAUUAUAUUUUGUUUUUUAACCAACAUCUAUCAUAUAUUUAAGUUAUACUACAUGUGGUACUUUGAUGUUUAUUAUUUUAUUGCACAAACCACAAAUAUAAUCAAAGCCCACAUUUAUGCUGUUGUUUGUACAAAGAUUUUUAAUUGUUUACAUUUUAUUGUUAAGUUUACAUAAUAAAAUAUAAGAAAUAUGAUAGUAAAACUUAAUAAGAACUAGUGAACAAAAACCUCUUAUACUUACAAGUACAUCAUCUAAGAAUUAUAGAUUUUUUAGUCAUUUAGUGUUAUUAUUAAAUUAUGAGUUCAAGAAUUUUAUUAUAGCUUUAAUUAUAACAAAUAAUCUAUUAUGAUGAGGGUUUAUAACAGUAAUGGACUGUUACACUUUGUACAGGUCAUUUAUAAGUAAAAUAUUUAUCUAAGUGCCAGCUUGGUUUAUGACAAUUAAAUAAAUGUAAGCUA